AGUUGAGCCGGAAGUACUUCGGAAUUGUACACCUUGUUAUGCUUUUUUCCACGCGUAGCGGCUCGCGCUUGUGUUUCUUUUGCAAAAGAAUACAAUAAAGCGAUUAUCUUUACGACGUUUUGUUAGACAGCGUUCACAAUGGUUGAGGAGGUGCAGAAGCAUUCCGUGCACACGUUGGUGUUUAGAUCGCUGAAAAGGACGCACGACAUGUUUGUGUCUGAUCACGCCAAACCCAUUUCCAUGGAUGAAAAAAGCCAUAAGGUUAAGAUGGCAGCCAAGCUACGUGCGGAGUACAGUGCAGUUCUGCACAUGCCUGUGCUUAAAGAGGGGAAGGACCGCGUCUCCCACAUGUCUGACCAAUAUGAACAUCAGAGCUACUCUCAUCCUGAUCCGGAGUAUCUCAUUACUGGAACACACCCAUAUCCAUCAGGACCUGGUCUCGCCCUGACAGCAGAUACUCAGAUACAGACGAUGCCAAGCGAGGGUGGCAUACAGUCUAUGGCCCUCGCUCUGCCCCCUUCACAAGCAGGGCAGGAGGCCAGCCGCACGGCGGCCAGUGUUGCGGACAUACACAGGCACGCUGGGGCUCCUGAACGAUCACAGCCGCCUUCACAUGCCAUGUCUCUAUUGGAAAUGGGAGGUACAAAGUCCUCCUCCUUAAUGGCGAGAAAAGCCCCCACCAUGCCCAAGCCGCAGUGGCACCCUCCGUGGAAGCUGUAUCGGGUUAUCAGUGGUCACUUGGGGUGGGUGCGAUCUAUUGCAGUGGAACCAGGAAAUCAGUGGUUUGUCACCGGGUCAGCUGACAGAACCAUAAAGAUCUGGGACCUGGCCAGCGGGAAGCUUAAGCUUUCUCUCACCGGCCACAUCAGCACCGUCCGUGGGGUGGCUGUCAGCUCCCGCAGCCCCUACCUGUUCUCCUGUGGAGAAGAUAAGCAGGUCAAGUGCUGGGACCUGGAGUAUAACAAGGUCAUCAGGCACUACCAUGGCCACCUAAGUGCUGUAUAUGACCUGGAUCUGCAUCCCACCAUCGACGUGCUCGUGACUUGUAGCCGUGACUCGACUGCCAGGGUGUGGGAUAUCAGGACCAAGGCCAACGUGCACACGCUUUCCGGGCACACCAACACGGUCGCCACAGUCAAGUGCCAGGGCGCAGAGCCUCAGAUCAUCACGGGGAGUCACGACACGACCAUCAGGCUAUGGGACCUCAUCGCGGGCAAGACGCGCACCACCUUGACCAAUCACAAGAAGUCUGUCCGCUCUCUCGUUUUGCACCCCAGACUGUACACCUUCGCCUCUGGUUCACCUGACAACAUCAAGCAGUGGAAGUUCCCGGACGGGAACUUCAUCCAGAACCUCUCUGGCCACAACGCCAUCAUCAACACCUUGGCCGUCAACUCCGACGGAGUGCUGGUGUCUGGAGCGGACAACGGCACCAUCCACAUGUGGGACUGGAGGACUGGCUACAACUUCCAGAGGAUCCACGCGGCAGUGCAGCCUGGAUCCCUGGACAGUGAGUCGGGCAUCUUCGCCUGCAUGUUUGACCACUCGGAGAGCCGGCUGAUCACUGCUGAAGCCGACAAGACCAUCAAAGUGUACCGGGAGGACGACACCGCGACUGAGGAAACACACCCCAUCAACUGGAAACCCGAGAUCCUCAAGAGAAAGAGAUUUUAGAAUUUUACUGUCGUUUUUUUUUUCUUUUUUUUUUUAAUGUUUGCUUUAAUUUGAGUAUUGCCCACUUUCCCGAACCUGUGCGACGUUUUCGAUCGUUUCAUAUCAAAACUUCAAUUCUUCUAGAAUAACGCAAGUCAUUUUCAGAAAGAACUGAGAUCUGAUUGCAAGACUAGACUUGUACUUAAAACUUCAGGUUUUCAUAACUGGGCAGACAUUGAUAUGAAAUACAUGUUUGGAAAAUCCAUUGCUUUUCUGCAUGUAAUUUUCCCAAAUUAAAUUUCUUUACAUUUUUGACAA